CUGUCACUAUCCGGUGUCCAGCUCAGCUGCCUUUCGGCCUAUACCCUCGUGACUUCGCGAAUCGUUCUGUUCAUUUUUUUUACUUUUGUGGAUAAUGUGGGGCCCGGAAGAACAUGAGGGAGCAGCCACGUCAGACGUCUGGAUGGGGCUCACGCGCGUUCUGGAUAUAAUUCCUUUUUUCCCCAAACAAAUAUUGAAGCAAAACUGGAUAAGGGUUUCAUUUAUUAUUAUCUGUUCUGCCGCACAAAGUAAUUGUUUAUUGCCAUGUUGGUCCCUAACAUGCAUUAGUUUGACGAAUUGAUCCUUUCUGAGUUCGGACUUUUGGAUUUCGUUCACACUGUUCAAUCUCACCCAAAAUGCCCCUUAUUUUUUUUUUUAAUGGGGGAUAUCAAUUUUAUUAAUUGGAAAAGGAGGAUACAAAGCAAGAGAUUAGGAGGUAGAUGCCGACUACGAGACUGCCCAUUACUUGGUAUUCAGUUAACAAGAGAUUAAGUGAGCAACGAGAGUAAUCCUGAAAAACCAAGUUUAGGUUGACUGAGGAUUGCUAUUUAUCACAUAGUGAGGAAAGACACGAGUUUGUGGCCUUUGGGUCGUGUACUAUGUUUACUUAACUGUAAUUUUCAAAAUUUUCUCAAUAAAUAGUGUUAUAUCCGUCCUAGACUCGUAGUCACGGAUACUAAGUAACACUCCAGAAUCAAUUCUGAUUUCAAUUAAAAAAAAUUAUAUAUUCUAUAAUAUCAGAUCGUGUAAAUUUAGUACGGUAUUCAAUAUAUAUCUCAAAAAUACUUUGUACCAAACUUUUAAUGAACAUAAUAUUCUAAUGUAUUAAAAACCGGUUCAACAUUUUUUUUAAGCAACUCAAGUUAUUAUUUGAACGCGUUCAAACAUGUAUUGGUAAAGGAAAAACGCCUAGUCAACCAAGAUUCAUGACUAAUCAAAGUGAAAUGUACACCUUUUGUUAAUUAUUACAUGGACGGUGAUCGUGGGUAUACAAAAUAUAUAUUUAUAUAUGUAUGACUAUUAUGCAGCUAACGGUUGAUGAACGUAAACUAAGAAACAAUUAUUUAUUUUUUAUUUUUUUGGUAGAGAGAUCGAUAUCAGAAGGUGGAGUGGAUUUGAAGAUAAGGUUUUGAGGUUGGCUGGCUCUCAUGAUGCACGCGUGAAAGUAGUAAAAAUUUAGUUGAAUGUAGAAUUAGUAGGUCGGCUAUGGUAUAUAUAUGUAUAUACUUUUUCUAUUGAGGUAUUUUAACAGCUACGUAUACACAUGCAUGCAUGUUGGCAUAUUAUUAACAUUUAUAAACAAGUCGAGUUAUUGGAAUUAGUGGAUUUAUAAUAUGGCAUUAUAACAGGGUUGUUGUUAUUAAGGUAACGUAUUCAAGUUCUCACGAACUUCCAAUAUUAAUCAUUGUCUUUAAAAGAACAUUUAGUAAUGGUGGGCAUGUGCAAACUCCAAACCCAUGAGCUGACUUUCGUUUAAGAGGGAGUGUAUAAAAUCUUUAUGUGGUCCUAUCACACACAACUCGAGUUAUUGGUUGGGACAGAUUGAUUUAUGAUAAGUCUGGAUGGGUUUCGGUUCGCAGAUUGUUGAACCAAAUCUGAACUCUAAUCCAUAAUGGAUUUUGUGAAAAAAAUCCAUUGUCCGGCCAUUGUUUGCUUCAAGCAUUUAGAGGUAACAAAUCUGUGGGACCCAUAGACUAUGAGGGUCCAAAUCCAUGGGCCCCACGGAUUUGAAAAUCUCACCUCUUAAUUAGGUGGGAAUUGAUCAUAUGGACGAAGUCCAUCAUUUUUUUACCAAUCUAGUACUCCUCAUAUUUCUUUCUCUUCUUCUAUCAUUAAGGGCAAUAAAGGUAAAUUUCACUUUUUACUUGCAAAUAUAAUUAACAAAAUCUAUCAUAAAAUCUAUGAAACAAACGAUGAUAUUUUUCCAAUCUAUAAUGAACCCAAAACCCUCAUAUAUGCAUGGUUUUUCAAAACCCAAAUUGUACCAAAACCUUUAUUUUCACGAAGGCGAACGACUCCAUAACAUCUUACCGGUUUCGAUUAUGGUUCGAACCCGGUCACGAGUUCACAAAGUACGGUUCGGUUAAGGGGUACAUACAUGGUGACCCACCCACUAAGAAGAGGAAGAGACACCAUGCAUGGAUUGGAUUGGUCAGCCGAGUCGAAAGUUAAAGCCAAGGUUGUCAAACCGGUUUAUACCGUUGAGCCGGUUUGGCAAGUGGAAUGGUACGACCGGUGGUAUAACCAGUUUGUGCCGGUUCAUGCCGGUUUAAAAAAAUGUGAAAACAAUUAAUAUCCAAUGUAUCUAAUCAUAUAUAAAACAUAUUUGUGGACAAUUUAGUUACAAUCCAACAAAUAUCAUCAACUUUUAACUAUUACAUUCAUAAAAUGAAUACUAAAUUAAUUUUUUUAUUUAUUAAAUUCAUUAAAAUGACGUCAUUUUACUUAGAAUGGUUAAGUCGAUCAUACCGGUCAUAUCGGUGGUGUCAUGCCGGUUUCAUGACCGACACAUGUUGAACCAGGUUCAACCGGGUGGCAUGCCACCGUCAUGACAACCAUGGUUAAAGCUCAUUGCCCCUCCAUUCUGUCACAAACCAAACACGCCACGUUUCUCUCUUCUUCUUAUUCUUCUUCUUCUGUAUAUAUAUUUUUUACUGUCUUUCUUUUAUUUAAAAAAAAAGCACAAAUAUCCCACGUGGAUUUUUCAAUCCAUCACUUCAUUUUCAUAACCCAUCAAUCAAUCACCACCAUUUGCUGCCCGAUACCCUCUCCUAGAUUUCAUUCAAAGCACGAGAUGAAUAUCGAUCAAUAUAGAGAGAUGUCCCAAAAAUAUAAUUGUGAGAAAAGGAAAAGGAAAAGGAAAAGAGAAGCCACAACCAUUCUAUCCUUAUAAUAUGGAUGAUAUGUGAUCCAUCACCUCAAAUCAAUAUAUAUGUGUACCAUGAAAACAAUGAGGAUUAUGUGUAUACAUAUAGUCUCAAAUCAAAUCAUGGUUUAAAAAUUGAUGGAUAAUCAUUGUGAAAUGAAGAGAAACUGACUAAUGAAGCUAAGAAAAACGAGAAAAAAUGUAUGUGAAUCGCGUUGUGCUGAUCACAAUAGAUUUCAUGUAAUCUCAAAUCUGAUUGAUUUGAGAGAGAAUGUAAGGAUUAUGGGUUGAGAAUACGAGGUGAGAUCAGUGUAUGUGAAGGAGUGAAAGAAGAAUCAUGUACACCCCCCUCCCUACAUAGGGUGAAGAUACAUACCUCUUGACCCCAAACAUAUAUGUAGCCCUAGUCGGGUGAAUAGCUGGGUUAAAUUUGUCAUCGUCGCUCUGAUGACUUGCAACCGAGAUGCUUAAGCUAAAAGGCUAUUUAAGCUACAUAGAGGAUCAGGAGGUAUCAAUCCUUAGAGAGACAAAAAUGCAUUCAGGUUGUCUACGAUGUCGUCUCUUUGGUUUGAAGGAUGAUAAUCAAACGAAUUUUUAUACAAAUAGACUCAAACAAACAAGAAAUGCAACAAAAUCUUAUACAAUAUGGUUCUCAUCAUUCUUUAAUAACCUUAAAAUUCCAACAACUUGAUACAGUAACUUGUAAGACGGAGAUUCAUCAUGAAUCUCCAUAAAAACCUGGAUAAUUAAUAAAAUUGAGAUUUUUUUGAAGAUUCUUUUAAGAUAUAAUAAACCCAUUUUGGUGAAAUUUGACAACUAAUGGCUAGCUUGUACUUACAAAGAAAUAAUUAAUUAACGGAUUGAUUGAAACAUAAAUAGGGAAGUCCAUAAUUGUGAGUAUAUACCCAUUUAAAACCAUUGCUCUUAGCUGGACAGCUUAUCCAUUAACCCUUCUCUCGAAGUUUCCUCCCUCGACAAAAAGCUUUUCACCGUACCCUCAAUUUCCCCACUUUGGUAAGUUUAUUACUAUUGUUUCAUAUUAAGGAUACAUUUAGGAUUUUAUCUUAUAAGUUAUAAUAACUGUCGAAUUUGUAUAAUAAAUAACAGUAAAAAACCUCCCAUCCCCCUUUUUCCCUUUUCAAUUUUUUUUUAAUCACAGUAUGUAACAUUGAACCUGUAACAGAAAGGCCAAUUAAGUGGUAGUGUUCAUAUCGUUCUAUAGAUUAAUAAUAAGGAUAAUAAAGUGAGUAAAUAAUUAAAUAUUAAUUGGUUUAAAAAAUGAAAGAGUAAAGAAAUGGGUGCAAGUCCCAUUGCUGCGUUGUUGUUGGUCGAACUUAUCCUAUUAUAGUGAAAGUCUGAAAGACCGACUUCCUUUAUAUUAUUUUUAAGAUUAAACAUGGUGGUGGUAGUGCAAAUAAAGUUUGACCCAAAAAAAUCACUCUAUGGAUAAUGUAAUUUAGAAUAUGGUGUAUUUUUUUUCCCCCUUUCCAAUGUUAAUACUCAAUACAUGUAUUGUACAAUUACGAUUCUAAACUAUCAGGUAUUUAGAUUUUAAAUGAGUUGUGAUUUAGUGGGCGAGAAACCUUCUUUUCAUUUUUAUGUUCAAGUUUCGAUAUUUAAUCGUGCUAACAUUUUGUAAAGCAAAAAAUGAAAAACUAACACAAAUGGUUGAUACACUGUUAUCAGGAUUUAAUAGCAAGAUUAUCUUAUGGGUUAAUAACGAGUAUCCAACAAUCCAAAUUUUAUUACAAGCAACAAACUCUAUCUUAUCACAUUAAAACUCAAUAUAUUUUUUUGACAUAAAAUUAAUCGAUUACUCGAACUCCUCAAUCUUUCAUCGGUAUUAGAUUAUUCAUGGUAUGAACAACAAAGAGAAUAUAUCUUGCUUGCUAUGAUUGGUAAAGAUGCUGGAAAAAAAAACCUUGUGUUAGUUUGUGUUUUCACAACCCAUUAUUCGUGCUUUAGUACAAAAUUAUGAAAUAAAUAAAAAAACGCUUUAUCACUUAGUUAGUUCACUUAACCUCAAACUCCCCUUCAAUUCCAACUUUCAAACAAAAAAAACAGCUAUAUUAUUAUUCUCUUUUGUCCAUACUAAUCUCUCAAUUCUCCCACCAAAAUCACUUAUCCAUAUGGAUUAGGAUUGGAUUUUUCUCCUCUUGUCCUUUGAAGUUAACACAGGGAAAAUUCAUCAAUAAAAUUUAAUUUUUAUCACCAAUCCUUAAUUUUUAUUGAUUCUCAUUACCAACUAAUCCUUCUCAUUAUCAUCAUAAUCACUUCAUUUUCAUUAAUAUUAUUUUAAAAUUAAUUAAUUAAAAUCCAAAAAGACCGUUUUUUGUUCUUCCCAUAAAACCUCUUUCUCUCUCUUUCAUAUAUAUUUAAUUUUAUUAUAAAACCUCCAACCCACAUAAAAAAAAAAUUCUCCCAUUCUUCUUUCCUUCUUCCUUCCCCCUUUUCCUCUGUUCUUCUUCUCUGAUGCGAUUUUUCAGCUGAACCAAAAAAAUGUUGUCUCAGUCUUGCAUAGAGUGUCUGAGUUUAAUCUCCGUCGACGAUUUCCGCAUCAUCAAUCGCCGGCCGACUCCCGCGGCCAUCAAGCUCCCUUCUUCACCCCCUUCUUCAGUCCCCACCCAACAGCAGCAGCAACAACAACAACCCAGAUGCCCGCCUUCUCCGGCCGCCGCGCCGCCGUCGCCGGAGCGCCGGGUUGUGGUGGCGAACCACCUCCCCAUCCGGGCCAUACCCGACCCGAACAAGCUCUCCACGGCGCCGUGGCGGUUCGAGCUCGACGAGGACUCCCUCUACCUCCAGCUCCGCGACGGUUUCUCGCCGGAAACAGAGGUCUGGUACGUCGGAUGCCUGAAGCCCGAAAUCGACCCGAAACAUCAGGAGGAGAUUUCACAGACGCUGGCGGAGAAUUUCCGGUGCGUCCCCGUUUUCCUGCCGCCCGAUGUGCUCAACAAUUUCUACCACGGCUUCUGUAAGCACUACCUCUGGCCCCUGUUUCACUAUAUGUUGCCCAUCUCGCCGGCGCACGGCGGCGCCGCCCGAUUCGACCGGAAGAAUUGGCAGGCAUACGUCUCGGCGAACAAAAUCUUCGCGCAGAGAGUGGUAGAAGUGCUGAAUCCGGAGGAGGAUUCGGUUUGGAUCCACGAUUACCAUCUCUUGCUCCUCCCCACUUUUCUCAGAAAAAAGUACCACAGAGUGAAAUUGGGGUUCUUUCUCCACAGCCCAUUUCCCUCAUCGGAAAUCUACAGGACGAUUCCCGUGAGGGAGGAGAUUCUCCGGGCUCUGCUCAAUUGCGAUUUGGUAGGGUUCCACACUUUCGAUUACGCCCGCCAUUUCCUGUCCUGCUGCAGCAGAAUGCUGGGGCUGGAUUACGAAUCGAAGAGAGGGUAUAUUGGAUUGGAGUAUUUUGGGCGAACUGUGAGCAUCAAAAUCCUGCCCGUGGGGAUUCACAUGGGCCAGCUCGAAUCGCAUCUCAACGGCGGGGAGAUCGUGGAGAAGGUGAAGCAGCUGAGAGACAAGUACAAGGGGAAGACCUUGAUUGUUGGGGUCGACGAUUUGGACAUCUUCAAAGGGAUCAGCCUCAAGUUUCUGGCAAUGGGGAGAUUGCUGGAGCAGAAUCCGGAUUUGAGAGGCAGAGUUGUUCUUGUCCAGAUUUGUAACCCAGCAAGGAGCAAAGGGAAAGAUGUCAGAGAAGUGGAGGACGAGAUCAAUUCGGUGGCGAAUUCGGUGAAUCGGAGGUUUGGGAAAUCAGCAGAGGGUUACAGUCCGAUUGUGUUCAUCAAUGGUGGUGCUCUGACAACUCUGGAGAAAGCUGCUUACUAUGCAGUUGCAGAAUGCUGCGUAGUGAAUUGCAUUAGGGAUGGUAUGAAUUUGGUUUCUUACAAGUACACAGUUUGUAGGCAGGGGAGCCCUGUUUUGGAUCAAAUGUGUGACAAGAUCGAGAAGAAGAAGAAGAGCGUCUUGAUCGUUUCGGAGUUCAUCGGGUGCUCCCCGUCGCUCAGCGGCGCGAUCAGGGUGAACCCGUGGAACAUCGAGGCGGUCGCGAUCGCGAUGUCGGAGGCGAUCACGAUGAAGGACGACGAGAAGACGAUGCGCCACGAGAAGCACUACAAGUACAUCAGCUCCCACGACGUGGCCUACUGGGCGAGGAGCUUCGACCAGGACCUCGAGCGUGCCUGCCGGGACCACUACAACAAGCGGUACUGGGGGGUUGGGUUCGGUCUCGGGUUCAGGAUCGUCGCGCUGGGCCCGAGCUUCAGGAAGCUCGAGAUCGAGCCGAUCCUGACAGCCUACAGGAGGACCUCGACGACGUCGUCGUCCAGCAGGCUCGUCCUGCUGGACUACGACGGCACCAUGACGCCACAGGCGUCCGUCGACAAGUCCCCCAGCGACGAGGUCAUCGCCGUCCUGAACCGACUCUGCGACGACCCCCGGAAUGUCGUGUUCGUCGUCAGCGGGCGGGGGAAGGAGCCGUUGAGCAAGUGGUUCUCCCGGUGUCCGAAAUUGGGGAUUUCUGCGGAGCAUGGUUACUUCACUAGUUGGACGAGGGAAUCGUCGUGGGAGGCGUGCCAUGUGGUGACGGACAGCGACUGGAAGAAGAUAGCGGAGCCGGUGAUGGAGCUCUACACCGAGACGACGGACGGGUCGUUCAUCGAGCACAAGGAGAGCGCAUUGGUGUGGCACUAUCAGGAGGCAGAUGCGCAUUUCGGGCAGAGUCAGGCCAAAGAACUCCUCGAUCACCUCGAGAAUGUGCUCGCCAAUGAGCCUGUUGUUGUCAAGAGAGGACAGCACAUUGUUGAGGUCAAACCCCAGGGAGUGAGUAAAGGCAUCGUGGUGUCGAAUUUGGUCUCGACGAUGCAAAGCGAGGGCAAGUCGCCCGACUUCUUGCUCUGCAUUGGCGACGAUCGAUCCGACGAGGACAUGUUCGAGUCGAUAGCGAGGCAGGUCGAGAACCCCAACUCGCCGUCGAUUGCAGAGGUGUUCGCCUGCACGGUCGGGCAGAAGCCGAGCAUGGCUAAGUAUUACCUUGACGACACUAGUGAAGUGAUCAAGCUGCUUCAAGGGCUUGCCAAUGCUUCUUCGGUAGUAGAGAGACCAUGGAAUCGAGGUUUGUGCAAAGAAGAGGAUGAAAGGUAACCAAACCCUAGCUUCUUAAAAAAAAUGGAGUAUAGAAAGAGAAAGAUGGUUAGGAGAGUUCCAAAAUAGAGAGCCUAAAAUGGUGGUAAAAAAGAAUGAAAGAAAAGGGUAGAUCUUUGUACAGAAGAAGAUGAUGAUGAUGAUAGGUUUACUUGAGCUUACAGCAUGUGGAUUUCUUUUGCCCCCCUGUUUUGUUGUUGGUUUUGUGAUGGGUUUAUACUUAACAAUUCUCAUAUUUGACUGAUUCAUAUAAUCCAUUCUUUUAUUGCAAGAAUUGGUUCCUUUAUUUUGAAGGAUGAUUUUGCACAUUGUUAGUUUUCAAUUAGAUAGGAACACCUACAUUAUAACUACUUUAGUACCACUAAUCCACUAUGUUAUGUUAAGAAACCUAUUAAUAUUUGAAAAUUGAAUUUACGGGUAAGUCUUGAUUUCUUAGUUAUAGAUGAAUUCUUUGUUCGUCGAGAAUCAUCAACUUUUGUCGUAUACUAUAUUACCAAUAGGCAAUAGGUUAAGUACUAGAAAUGAGCAUUUGCUUGUUGUAAUGAAUCAAUGGGGCCAUCUAGUUCCAACGAUAAUACAACAAAAUAACUCUUUUUUAGUUCCUUAAGCUUCUUUCUUUCUUCUUUGGCGGAUUGAUGCAAAGGUUAAUUAGUGUGAAUAUGAUUGGGGAUUGGAUGGGCUUUCUUUAUGUGUUGAUCUAUAAUUAGACCUAUGAGUUAUGUGUAUCAAUCGAAUUCCCCAUGUGAGCCGGGCCGAAGCAUUGUUCAUGUUCUUCAAAGAUUGGGCAUGUGGCCCAAUAACCCGAGCUCCUUGUAAUCUUGUUCUUCCCUCCUCCAAAAUCAAAUGAUUGAGACUCUUGUUAUUGAAACUGAGACCAGAGAGACGUGAGAGAGGGAUGAUGGAUUAUCGUUAGAAGACGGUCGUCUCUUGAAAGGAAAGUACAGGAAAUGUUCACCUUAUAUCCUAUCGGCAAAUAUUCAUCUCGGUUCUGUGUCGUUGUUUCUCGAAACACAACUACGAAUUGUUUGUUUAAGCAAUUUAUACGUACGCAAAUCAGUUCAAGUAACGAAUGUGUUAACGAUCAUACAUGUACCUACUCUAUUGUACUUGAAGAUUUGUGUGUAUCGAUGUAUGUCAAUCGAAACGUAUUGGUCUAUGAAGUAUGAACGAAGUUCCUCAAUAAGUUGAACAUAACGAACACAAACUUGAUCGAUAUCUCCUCCAUCUGUCAUUUGUCAGGGCAUCAGAUUCUGCAACUACGACUACAUGCGCUACACGUGGAGGACGAGAGCCCGUGGGCAUGAGGUCCAAAUGUGUGUGUGAACGAUGAGACAAAAUCGAUCCCGCAACACUUUCACUUUGUAUUCUUGUUUUGUCUUUCCCACACUACCAACAAAGGCCGUACUUAGAAAAAGAGAUCAAGAUUUCCGGCAAAAGAUAAUAAGAGGCUUGAAGUUUGCACAGACAUCAGACACCAUGUGCUAACAAAUGGAGGUUACCAGGAUUCGAACACAAGAUCUUUCGGUUACAAAAAGCUCUGAUACCAUGUCAAGAACCAAUUGAUCCCAAUAACUCGAGUUAUUGAGAGAGUAGGUUCAGUCGUGGAUCAUAUACCACAUACUAACAGUUUAUAGGUUAUAACUUACACAAAUGUAAAUGUUGAGCGACUGCAUGUUGUAAGCAUUACCUUAAACAUACCUUGGAAACUAACUGAAUCCUAUGUUGGGUUACAACUCGACAAACUUGGGGUUUCUGUUCCAAAAUCAAAAUUAAAUCUCGAAAAAUUGUUGUGGCUAAACUAUUUUCUUUUUUCCACGCGAUGAAUCGGAUAAAUCGUGAUUUUGUCAUUGUCUGAGAAACAAACUACAAAAGAAUCUAGCUCAUUUCAAUAAGAUGAACUCAAGAAACUCCAAUGACUCUUUUUUGAGCCAUAAGGGUGAUAAAUCACCCCAAUAGCA